GAGAUAAAGGCAUAUUUACUAGUAUUAAAUGCAGCUGGUGUUUGUAAUGUUACUGAGCAGAGACUGAAAACCAGCAACUGCAAAAACACAGUUUAUAAUUAGACAGCAAAUCUUUAAAAGCUGCUUGUGUGAGUGUGAGGAUGAAAACCAGUCUUAUUUUAGUUGUUUUAUGGUCUCCCUGUCUGCACACUGUCGUUGUAGAAGCUUUACGUUGAGCUAUAAAAUGCUCUUUGAAUCUCUGAGCCAGAGCAGCCGACAUAGUGGCCCCUGUAAAGCUCCACUAAUCCACUGCUGGGCAUCGGCCGGGUCCCCAGAGGUCACGCAGCAGGCGGACGGCUCACGCUCACGAUUUAUUAGACAGUGGGUGGUGGGCUGUCAUACUUUCUAGAUGACAUUAAAAAACACAAACACAGACAAGCAACUGCCCGACUAACACAUCUGGAUGCUCCUGUGUUAAACACAGGCUGAUAUAGUUCAUCCACUUUACAAUCAGUGUACAGACGUAGAGCUGGAAUCUCUGUUUGUUCCUUUCUCUACUGUCUCUCGUUAUAUUCUGUUAAACCUAAAAUGUACAAUGUGUGAUGUAAUGUGGCAAAUUACUCAGGCGUAAGAAUUAGAGGCUGAAAAACUGAAGAGUUACAGAUUUAUGCAGCUGCCAACCAGUGAAACCUGUCCAGAUUCUAGUCGGUUUAUAUAAAAGUCCUUGGAUACGACAUCAAUGAAACAAAUCCUUGCAGCCUUCCUGUUCUCGCGUUGACCUCCAAAAUCAUCAUCCAUAUCCAAGUGGCUGUUUUUGCCAAGAAAUUCUCUCAAGGCGUUUGAAAGAUAUCGUUUUGAUAACCUGAACUUUUUUUUUCUGUUGCCUUUGGCCUGAAAUGGACAGAAAGAAAUGUAGUCAUUUACUCUGCAGGGGUGGAUGAUAAUUAUCUAUGUGUUUAGAUUUAAUCAAUGAGUUGAUGUUUUGGAAACUUUGGAAACAAGAUGGAAAAAUCUGACUAUAUGACUUAAAAAUCUUAUCUAAAAAUAUUUUGAGCAGAAAGGAAAUCAACUGGCAGAAACACUGGAUUACAGGGAUGCCACUGUUGUCUGCUGUUGCCUGGUUGCAUAGUUUUCCAGUAGCUUGUCUGUUAACUCAGCCAACAAUUCAAAUGACAUUCAAUGUAUUGUAUCAUAUUUCCUCAGACAAAGCAUCAGAGGAAAAAAUAGACCUGAUUGGUUUUGCUUUAUGCGGAACAAUGAAUGGCUGCACAAGUCCAGAGCCUAAGUACCAGCAGCAUGUGGGAUCUUGAAUGCAGGAUUCCUGCCAAAGGUGGCAAAGACCUGGCUUAACCCACGCAACAGCGCCUGUAACUCGGCUAUAUUUAAGACCAGCCCUCCCUAGGUUCUCGCAGGCAGGGCUGUGGAGCAUCAGAACACUGAAACACACAACACUCUGUGGAAUCACUGCAACUGGACCUACAGUAUCAGUGUGAUCUGGACCCAUCAGUGUGAUCUGGACCCAUCAGCGUGAUGUGGACCCGUCAGCGUGAGCUGGACCCAUCAGUUUGAGCUGGACCCGACUGGACCCAUCAGUGUGAGCUGGACCCAUCAGUUUGAGCUGGACCCGACUGGACCCAUCAGUGUGAGCUGGACCCAUCAGUGUGAGCUGGACCCAUCAGCGUGAGCUGCUAACCGUCCUCAAAGUCUUGUAGAUCCUUCAUGCAGUGAUGAACACCUAUGAUGACAGUGAAGAGGAGCUCAGUGACCACAUUGUUCAGCUCAGCAUUCAAGAUGCCUGUCAAGAUGUUUUCCUGAAAUCUGCAGCCAGUUUAGCACCAGUGACGGAUGAAAACCUGAGAGUCCUGGCUGCCAUUGAGCAAGGCCAGGUCUCAGUGCUCAGGGAGAUGCUGACACACAGCUGGGCCUUCAGGGAGCGGGACGCUUGCGGCUGGCUUCCUCUCCAUCGAGCCGCGUCCCAGCCGGUGCUGGAGGUUCUGGAGGCCGUUGUGAGACUGGCAGCUCAGGGUCUGGGUCUGGACGGGAGGACGACCGUGGGAGGGGAGACGGCGCUCACCCUGGCCGUGAGAGCCGGGCUGGUGCCAAACGUGAAGUGUCUGCUGGUGCACGGCGCUUCGCCUCACAACACCAACAGCAAGAACGAGUCACCGCUGCUGCUGGCGGUGAGGGCCGCCUCCUACCAGAUGACGUACACUCUUGUGGCUCACGGCGCCUGGGUGGAGCAGGUUUGCAGGAAGAAGUGGACGGCCAUGCACGAGGCGGCCAAAGUGGGCAAUGUGGACAUCCUGAUGCUGUUGCUUAGGAACGGCGGGCGAGUGAAUCAGAAGGACGUGACGGGAGUGACGCCGCUUGCUGUGGCUGCAGAGCACGGACACUUCCACAUCACCGAGAUCCUUCUGAGCUGUGGGAGCAAAGUCAACUCUCAGGCCUGUAAUGGAGAAAGUGUCUUGCUUGAUGCAGCAGGGUCAGGAAACACUGCCUGCAUUCAGCUGCUUCUGGACAACGGCGCCAACCCCAACCUGCCCAGCAUCACCGGACACCUGCCCGUCCACAAGGCAGCGUACGCCGGACACUACGACGCUCUGAAGAUGCUGAUACCUCUGACCACAAAGAGGGCCAUUAAAGAGGCAGGCCAGAGCCCGGUCCACUCAGCUGCAGAGGGAGGUCAGAUACGCUGCUUGCAGCUCCUGCUCAACCACGGCUUCGACGUCAACUAUCGCAUGAACACCCGAAACUCGGAAAACUACCGGGACAUGAGGCGGAGCGCGCUGUACUUCGCCGUCUCCAACGGGGACGUGGAAUGCACCAAACACCUGCUGGCGGCCGGGGCGAAGACCGACCUGGACCCACUGUGCUGCCUCCUGGUGGCGGUCCGGUCCGGCCGCUACGAGAUCGUGAAGCUGCUGCUGGCGGCCAAAGCUGACGUGAACUGUUACUUCACGGUGGUGAGCGACACGGUGUUCCCCACGGUGCUGCAGUACUGCCUGAAGGACGAGGUGAUGAUGAGGCUGCUGCUCAACAACGGCUACAAGGUGGAGAGGUGCUUUCUCUGUAACCAUGACAACGCAUUUGAUGCUACAGAUGAGAUGGAGGCAAAAAUUCCAUUCUGUGAGUUCAUGAGUCUCUGCUGCCUCAUGCAUCUGUCUGGGAGUGUGGUCCGGAUUCUGCUGGACUACGUCAGCCACAUCCAAAUCUGCUCUAAACUCAGACUCAUCCUGGAGAAACAGAAAGAGUGGCCUGAAAUAUGUGGAAUUCUCAGUAAUCCUCGCUCCCUCAGGCAUCUCUGCAGACUGGAGAUCAGAAAGCGUUUGACCCUGAAGAGACUCAAAAACCCAGAAAUUAUGAACUCACACGUGUUCCCUCCCAGACUGAGGAGCUUUAUUCUGUACCAGGAACUCGACCUCUACAGCCAGGACCAGGAACGUAUCAUGUAACAAUCAUGCAGACGUCCUGCUGAUUUGGAUUUUUUUCAAUGUAACAAUGUAACGUUUUACACUCUUUUAUAAAGAAUCCAAAUUGUUACAGAACAGAAAACAUGAAUAAAAUACAAUUUUUUUGAAA